AAAUCAUUUAUGAUGGAAAUAACUUGUUGGUUUGUGAUUCUCUUUAUAGAAACUACACCCUGCUAUAUCGCGCGAUCAUACGCGAAUUCGCGAGAUCUCGUGGGUCCUCGUGACGUCAUGGCCGCAGCGCAGCGCACCCCUGCGGCGAAACACUCAACAGACACGCUGCGUCGCCGUUUCGCAUCCAGUGGAAGUCCAGGGUCACUGAGAGGCUCCGUGGGAUACUGAAGGGCACUCUCCUUAUCAGCGCUUUUUAUUGAAAGUCAGUAAUCAUUAUUAAGAAAGCGGAUUGGAUGAUUAUCGUUAAUACCUGCGGCAAUCCUGUGGUCCACCGCCGUCGUUGCCGCCGGUUCGCCGGCGUAGUAGUCCCGUGCGUGACAGUGUCGCGGUGACAUAAUUAACUGUGACUCUGCUCGAAUCACCAUCUACGAUGGAGGUCGGCGCCGACGAUCCGCGGACAGCGACGGACGAGAGGGAUUGUGCCCUGCGAGCGUUGGAUGUCAAGGCGGGUGCAGCGGCUCCGAGACCCACGUGGAGCGGCCGCCUGGACUUCGUCCUGGCGUCGGUGGGCUACGCGGUGGGACUGGGCAACGUCUGGAGGUUUCCCUACUUGUGCUACAGCAGCGGUGGAGGUGCCUUCUUGAUCCCUUAUCUCACCAUGGUGCUCCUGUGUGGCAUCCCCCUGCUCUUCAUGGAGUUUGCUAUCGGGCAGUACACUCGUUUAGGGCCAGUACACGCUCUAGCCAAAAUAUGCCCAUUGUUAAAAGGUGUUGGUCUGGCCACAGUUGUUAUCUCCUUUGUGUUCUCCACGUACUACAAUGUGCUCAUGAGCUGGGCACUUUACUAUUUGUUCAACUCAUUUGGAGGGACGCUUCCCUGGAAGUCCUGCAACAACACUUGGAAUGUCGUCGGGAACUGUUCCAGUGGUUUCCCUGGCAACGCCACCCACCUGAAGUCUGCCAGUCAACAGUUCUUUGAUCACAGGCUUCUGGAGAAAACCAAUGGCAUUGAAGAAGCUGGGGGAAUUCGCUGGGAACUCUUUGGCUAUCUCAUUAUUGCUUGGGUCAUUGUGUACUUAUGCAUAUUCAAAGGAGUCAAAUCCACUGGCAAGGUUGUGUAUUUUACAGCUGUAUUUCCCUACUUCAUCCUGUUCGCCCUGCUUAUCAAUAACCUGCAGCUUCCUGGAGCCAAAAAUGGUAUCCUCUUCUUUGUGACACCUGUAUGGAGCAAACUGUUUGAAGUGAAGGUUUGGGUUAAAGCUUCAGCCCAAGUGUUCAACUCAAUUGGAAUAGCAUUUGGCUCCAUGAUUUCGAUGGCUAGUUACAACAAGUUCAACAACAACAUCCUCAGGGAUGCUUUGAUUGUGUCAGUUACCAACUCAUUCACUAGUAUCCUGGCUGGCUUUGUGAUUUUCUCUGCUAUUGGCUACAUGGCUCAUAUACAUAACCUCCCAGUGGACAACAUAGCUACAGAUGGUCCUGGUUUGGUGUUUGUUGUGUACCCUGAAGUCCUCUCAACCAUGCCCAUCUCCCAGUUGUGGGCCCCUCUGUUCUUCCUCAUGCUGCUGUGUCUGGGCCUUGACAGCCAGUUUGCAACAGUGGAUGUGGCUGUGGCGUUCCUGAAGGAUGAGUUUGGUGCCAAAAUUCUGCCUUUUCUAAAAAGAGAGGAGCUUCUGACCUUGGCUGUGUGUGUCUUCUGCUUUGCCUUGGGAAUUCCUCACAUUACUAAGGGAGGUAUCUAUGUGUUUCAGCUGAUGGACCACUACACCGCUGUGGUUUCCCUCGUGUUACUGGCUUUCUUUGAAGUCAUAGCGGUCUGCUGGAUCUUUGGCGUCCGACGUCUCUCCUUAAUGAUCAAAAAGAUGCAAGGAAAAACUCCAAACAUCUACUUCCGCGUCUGUUGGAUGCUGCUCAGUCCUCUGUUGGUCCUGUGCAUACUGAUCUCCAGCCUUGUCCAGUACACUCCUGUCCACUAUGGGAAGUACACUUACCCAGUGUGGGCUGAAUUGUUGGGCUGGUGUGUCUCACUGGUCUCCAUCGUCUGGAUCCCACUUGGUGCUGUUCAUGAGAUCUGCAGCAACAAAGGCUCAUUUCUCCAGAGACUGCAAACUGCCAUGACUCCUACAAUAGACCUGGAUGCUGAGGAUCCUUUGCCAGAAAAGCAGAAUGUAGACACACAGGCCUCUGAAACCUUGUUUACCUCAGGGGUAUGACCAGAGAGAAGACUGACACCACGUCUGUGCAUCGGCACAUAUCAAACCCAGUGGUGCCGGUGGAUUGUUAAUGAAUGGUGUGUUUCUUGAUUUUAAGAGCUGUAUUUAUUUUGAGGGUCAUUUUAUCCUAUUUGUUCUACCAAAGGUAGGGGUCUUACUCUUUACUGUACCUUAAGCCACCUGUAGUGCUUUAACACCAUAGAUGCUUAUUCUUUGCAAUAGAAAAAAAAAUCAUCUUUUGCACCUUGUAAUUUGAUUUUGGUAUAAGUUAACAUCACGUUCUCGACUAUGCAGGUUUUUCGUUCCAACCAAAGAUUAGCAUUAUGCCUUUCCCUUUGGUUAUUGGCUGGUAAAAAAGCCUGGUGUAUGCAGUGACAUGUUCUCUUGCAAUGUCUGAUAAAUGUCAGUGAGUUUGUGUAGUGUAAGCCUACCUGAGAGCCUAGACGAUCUCCUUUCGGCAGGGAGAGCAGUUUCGGGAUCUAAACGGGGACCUCCAAGUGUCGAACCUAUAAACUAGGACACUGCCUGUGUGUGCUUAACUAUCUUGGCGCAGGUAACUCAAGAGUUUUCUUUUUUUAAUUUGUAAGAGGUGCGUUUCAUGUACUGCCAUGAAGCUGAAUUGAGCUAAUAAGAGUAGAUAAUCUUCAGGAGGGCAACACUUGCUGUAUCUGGCGUCUGUCCAUUUAGUUGUUCUCCAUAUUCUGUUUAAUAUGUAUUUUAUCAAAUAAGCCUGAAUCAAGUGUGUCUUUUAUUCUAAAGUACUGAAAAUUAGGUCUGAUUUUACAUGUCAACAAUAUUUUAAGAUAAUGUAAGGAAAAAUGUAAUCACUUUUUAAAAUUGAAAAUGUUAGUUCUGUGUUUGUUUCAUAUUUGCUCUUGAAAUUAACCUGUAGGCGGAGAAAAUAAUCAAUCUGGGGCUUAACAAGUGCCAUUACUUUUUUAGAAUUACUCAAAAGAAGCAUCUUUCAUAGAAAGUUACUUAAGUUUAUUAUAUUCAGAUAAUCAAUAUUUAAUCAGAUAACCAAAACUUUUAAUUAAGAUGUUGCAUUCUGUAUAUGUUGGAUUAUUUUACUUUGUCAUAAAGUACAUGAAAAAGUAGGGAUGAUAUAGAAGCACUUUUACAACGCAACAAAGUCACUGUUUAUUUCGUAUUUGCUUGUGUUUUGUGUUUGAUUGUUAAAAAACCCCACAAUUUCUUUACCAAAUGUAAUGUUGAUUUUUCAUCUUCUUACUUUUAUCAUCAUAUUUAUACUCUGGUGCUAUGUUGGAUGUAUACAUACAUUUUGUUCAAUAAAAUGCCUUAAUUUUUGCUCUA